CGCCCCGCGCCCUCCGCAGCCUGCAUGCCCCGCGCUGCGCCCCGGCCGGCCGCCGCCGCCGCCGCCUCCUGCUCGCCCAGCGGCUGCCCGGCGCCGGAGUAAUAUGCUCACUCGGGUGAAAUCUGCCGUGGCCAAUUUCAUGGGCGGCAUCAUGGCUGGCAGCUCCGGCUCCGAGCACGGUGGUACUGGCUACGGAGGCUCGGACCUGCCCCUGCGCUUCCCCUACGGCCGGCCGGAGUUCCUCGGGCUGUCUCAGGAUGAGGUGGAGUGCAGCGCGGACCACAUCGCCCGGCCCAUCCUCAUCCUCAAGGAGACCCGGAGGCUGCCCUGGGCCACCGGCUACGCCGAGGUUAUCAAUGCCGGGAAGAGCACACACAAUGAGGACCAAGCCAGCUGUGAGGUGUUCACUGUGAAGAAGAAAGCCGGGGCCGUGACUUCUACCCCAAACAGGAACUCGAAGCGAAGGUCGUCCCUUCCCAACGGGGAAGGAUUGCAGUUGAAGGAGAACUCUGAGUCCGAGGGCAUCUCCUGCCACUACUGGUCCCUGUUCGACGGCCAUGCGGGCUCGGGGGCCGCCGUGGUGGCAUCCCGGCUACUGCAGCACCAUAUCACACAGCAGCUGCAGGACAUCGUGGAGAUCCUGAAGAACUCCGCCAUCCUUCCCCCGACCUGCCUCGGGGAGGAGCCCGAGAGCACGCCGGCCCAUGGCAGGACCCUAACCCGUGCAGCGUCACUCCGUGGAGGUGUGGGGGCCCCCGGGUCCCCCAGUACACCACCCACGCGCUUCUUCACCGAAAAGAAGAUCCCGCAUGAGUGUUUGGUCAUUGGGGCCCUGGAGAGCGCCUUCAAGGAAAUGGACCUUCAGAUAGAACGGGAGAGGAGUGCCUAUAACAUAUCCGGUGGCUGCACAGCGCUCAUCGUAGUCUGCCUCUUGGGAAAGCUGUACGUGGCCAACGCUGGGGACAGCAGGUAAGCAAACUGGCUGGCU